AUGGAGUCUGAAUCAUGUGCAUCUCUUCACUUCUUGGUAGACCUCCUCUGGUUUCAUCACAAACAGGGCUGGACUGGAUCUCUGGUCCGCCUGGUGUUCUGCAGUGUUUUUGUGGAGGAACAGGAGGACCGUGCAGAGUCUGAAGUCUCUGGCCGUCUGUCUCUGAGGAGUGACCGGUCCAAAGGUUAUUCUCCAGACUUCAGUGCUGAACCUGGACCCUCAGACUCAAAAGCUGACUUCAUCAGACAGAGAGCAGAGUCUGAAGUCUCUGGACGUCUGUCUCUGAGGAGUGACCGGUCUAAAGGUGAACCACUGAACUUCAGUGCUGAACCUGGACCCUCAGACUCAAAGAAGAGGAGUCCGGUCUCUGUGGAGGAGCAGCCGGUCUCUGUGGAGGAGCAGCCGUCCUGCGGUGCUGGACCUCAGACAGACCGUCAGAGCAGGACUUUACAAAGUGGUCUGCAGAGGGUUUUAGAUCAACACAAGACCAGUCUGAGGACCAGAUGUGAGCGUGUGACUGAAGGAAGUGAGGAAACAGGAAGUAGAACCCUCCUCAACAGGAUCUACACUGAGCUCUACAUCACAGAGGGACAGAGUGAAGAGGUGAACACCCAACAUGAGGUGAGACAGCUGGAGACCGCCUCCAAGAAGAAGAUCCUCCAGGACACUCCCAUCAAGUGCCAGGACAUCUUCAGAGCCUUACCUGGUCCACAGAAACCCAUCAGAGUGGUUCUGACAGUCGGCGUCGCUGGUGUUGGAAAAACCUUCUCAGUGCAGAAGUUCACUCUGGACUGGGCCGAGGGCUCGGAGAACCAGGACCUCAGUCUGGUGGUUCUGCUUUCAUUCAGGGAGCUGAACCUGAUCAGGGGACGGUACAGUCUCCUCCAGCUGCUCCAUGAGUUCCAUCCAACAUUACAGGAGGUCCCAGCAGAGACGCUGGCUGUCUGUAAACUGGUGUUCAUCUUUGACGGUCUGGAUGAAAGCAGACUGUCUCUGGAUUUCAACAACACUCAGGUUGUGUCUGACGUCACACAGAGCUCAUCCAUAAACCUGCUGUUAACAAACCUCAUCCAGGGGAAUCUGCUCCCCUCAGCUCUGGUCUGGAUCACUUCUCGACCCGCAGCAGCCAAUCAGAUCCCUCCUUCACGCGUUGACAGGGUCACAGAAGUCCGAGGCUUCACUGACGCCCAGAAGGAGGACUACUUCAGGAAGAGGUUCAGUGAUGAAGAUCUGUCCAGCAGAAUCAUCUCACACAUCAAGACCUCCAGGAGCCUCCACAUCAUGUGUCAGAUCCCGGUCUUCUGCUGGAUCACUGCUACAGUUCUGGAGCACAUGAUGAGCACAGAGCAGAGAGGAGAGCUGCCCAAGACCCUGACCGACAUGUACUCACACUUCCUGCUGGUCCAGACCAAGAGGAAGAGGAAGAAGUACGCUGAGGGUCCUGAGACCAGUCCUCAGGAGCUGAUGGAGGCUGACGGGGAAGUUCUCCUGAAGCUGGGCCGGCUGGCGUUUGAACAUUUGGAGGAAGGAAACAUCAUGUUCUACCAAGAAGACCUGGAGCGAUGUGGUCUGGAUGUCACAGAGGCCUCGGUGUACUCAGGACUCUGUACAGAGAUCUUCAAAAGAGAGUGUGUGAUCUUCAAGAAAACAGUCUACUGCUUUGUUCAUCUGAGCGUUCAGGAGUUUCUGGCUGCAGUCUACAUGUUCCACUGUUCCACAACCAGGAACACAAAGGUACUGGAGGCUUUUCUGGAGGAACAAGACAGGAACACAGCAGUUUCAACUCUUGAAGACCUCCUGAAUGGAGCUAUGAUGAAAGCCCUGAGAAGUAGGAACGGUCACCUGGACCUGUUUGUCCGCUUCCUUCAUGGACUCUCUCUGGAGUCAAACCGGAGACUCUUAGGAGGUCUGCUGGGUCACACAGACAACAGUCCAGAGAUGAUCCAAAGAGUCAUCAACAACCUGAAAAGGAUGAACAGUGAUAAGAUCUCUCCUGACAGAAGCAUCAACAUCUUCCACUGUCUGACGGAGAUGAACGACCUCUCAGUCCAUCAGGAGAUCCAAGAGUUCCUGAAGUCAGGGAACAGAUCAAAGAAGGAACUCUCUGAUAUCCAGUGCUCUGCUCUGGCCUACAUGCUGCAGAUGUCAGAGGAGGUUCUGGAUGAGUUAGAUCUAGAGAAGUACAACACAUCAUUGGAGGGACGACGGAGACUGAUUCCAGCUGUGAGGAACUGCAGGAAGGCUCGAUUUCAUCACUGCUACCUGUCAGAGACUCUCUGGGAAGUUGUGGCCUCUGCUCUGAAGUCCAACCCCUCCCAUCUGAGACACCUGCACCUGAGCGACAACUACACCCUGAAGGAUUCAGGAGUGAAGCAUCUAUCAGCUGGACUGGAGAGUCCGCACUGCAGACUGGAGACUCUAAUAUUCUGGCGCUGCAGUUUAUCAGAGAUCAGCUGUGCUUCUCUGGCCUCUGCUCUGAAGUCCAACCCUUCCCAUCUGAGAAAGCUGGACCUGAACUACAACAAGCUGCAGGAUUCAGGAGUGAAGACGCUGUGUGGUUUUCUGGAGAGUCCUCACUGCAGACUGGAGACUCUGAGAUUGUGGCACUGCAGUUUGUCAGAGAUCAGCUGUGCUUCUCUGGCCUCUGCUCUGAAGUCCAACCCCUCCCAUCUGAGAGAGCUGAACCUGAGUAACAACAACCUGCAGGAUUCAGGAGUGAAGACGCUUUCUGAUCUUGUGGAGAGUCCUCACUGCAGACUGGAGACUCUGAGGUGGCAAGAUUUCUGAAAGGUGGAUGUGUUGACCGAGGAUCAGCUGAGUCCUGAUGAUCCAGGAGGACGGAGGAGAGAGGACGGAGGAGACGAAUCGGACGAGCGAUGAGAGAGGAAACAGGAGCCUUCACAGACACGCCCCCUUAUGGAAUCUCAGUCCCUGAUUGGACGCUGCAGAGUUCUCUAUCUGCUCAGAUUCACUGUAUAAAGUAAUAGUGUCAUAAUCUCUAAUAUCAGAGAUAGAAGGUAAAUAUUCAUGCUCAGUUCUUUCUCCUGUUGAUGUUCCUGUUGGUUCUCUUGGUUCUCUUCAUGAAUUAAAGUCUGACAGUAAAGUUAUUAUAAUUCAUAAUAAAUAAUUAGUCAUCUUAAUUCAAAACAAAUAAAUAAAUAAAAACACAACAAAGAAAUGAUAUUUCAUUUCAUAGAUCCUGUUUGUGUCUGAAUCAGUUUCUUAAAAACGAAUGAUGAAAACAGAAUGUGACAUCCAGACGGGUGUCUUAUUUGGCCACAGUUUUGGAAAAGUCAAAUCACUGCUGAGAACUUUAUAAUCACAUAUUUUAGAGAUCCAUGUUUCAAUAUUAUCCCAAGGUGUCCUAAUUUUGGCACAAUACCAAAAGGUGAGGGAGUCGCUGUGGGAGUUGCAUUUUAAACCUCUCUCUGAGCAGCUGGGGUCAGAUUUAUGGAUUUUCUCUCUACUAUAGUACAUUCUUGUCAUUAGCUUAUACUGGAUUAGGUGCAGAUUUUCAUCAGUGCUUAUGUUAUAUGUUAGUUUUAAACAAUCCUUCCAUUUAGUUUUUGCAUCUACAAUAUGAAGAUCCUCAUUCCAUUUAUUCUAUAUCUUUUGUAAGAGUUCUUCGUUGCUUUCGACCCUGAUAAGAAUAUUAUACACAGCACCUACUAGUCUUUUCUUUGGAUUCUUCUUAUUUAGAAUUUACAUAAUUCUAAGCCUCUCAAAAUUCUUUGUUCAUAAAAACAGGACGAUGAAAUCUCCCCCCAAAUUUGUUGUUUUUCUAAAUGAAUUCAAAAUGUUCCUAAAAUCAUUGAAAGUAAUGAAAGGACCAAGAGCACUAAAGAUAUACCAUUCCAUAAAAGAACUCCUCACUGAGUUGUAAUAAUUAUUCCCUUUCCUUACUUAACUUAUGUUAUUAUUCAUUUUCUACAUAUAUAUAUAAUUUUCUCAUUUACCUUAAAUUACCAACUGAAGCUGUGUUGUUUCUGUAUCUUUAAUGAUUGUUUAUGUAUGAUGCUCCAUCUGAAUGUUCUUUUAUUUUUUUAUUUAAACAAUCAGACAUGAACAGGAACAAUGACAAACUCAGACCACACAUACUGAACUUACAUUAUCAAGAGAUUACACCUCCUUUGAAACUGAAAACAUAUUACUGUGGUGUAUAUCACAUUUUCACACCAGCCAUAUAACAGAUAUACAUAUAAGAUAAGAUAUUCUUUAUUUGUCUCCCAUUGGGGGAAAUUCUUUGUUACAGCAGCUUACAACACGGGACAGAGAAUACAACAAUGAACUAACAUAGUUAAAAAAUAUAAUAACAAUAAUAAUAGCAAUGACAAGGGUAACAUAUAAUAAAAUAAAGUAGGGUCAGAAGGAAUAUUAAAAGCAUUCUGAUUAAAUACAAGGGGUUUAGAGGAGGUUAAAUUCUGCUAUCAAUGUGUACAGUUUGUUUCAGAUAUUUUUGUAACAAGGAGUGCUCCAUCUGAAUGUACCCAUUGUUUGUUAUUUACAUUUACAAUAAAGUUUUGAAAAA